AAUCUCUGGAAAAUAUUUUCAAAAGGGAAAUAUUUUAAUGAUUCACCGUCAUCAUGGCGUUGUUUGGCGGAAAACAUCACGUUUAACCCAAAGUCAUUGACAUUUAACCUUCUUUCUAGACCAAUCAUGGAUUCUGCAAUGCAAGUUGUGUUACAGCAGUGCGGGAAAUACAUACAGUUGUAUUCAACCUGUGUAGAGAAUUAUCCGGAAACUUGGCACAUUGACUGUGAACUGUCUCGAAUGAAGCUGGCUAAGUGUGCUGAAUCAAAUCCAGUUGUUACGAGAGUGAAAGAGCAAUGCACGGAAAAAUACGAGGCGUACGAAAAAUGUCUAGUUUCGAAUCCAAUCCAGGUCCAGAAGUGUUCUGUGCAGCUGGAGAAAUUUAACGAAUGUGCCAAUAAAGUUGCAUCUGAAGUUCAAGAAACCAGUUCUUCCUGACACAGAUCUCAAAUGUAGACCGUCUUAACUAAAUGUAAUUAUUUGUGUAGGUUUGUAUGGCUGUGUGUGUUGAUACAAUGUGGCCAGAUAAAAUAUGAAUUUGUGUGUGUGUGUGUGUGUGUGUGAUUUUCUAACAAGUUGAUUCUAUGUUUAGGGAUUAUUCUCAGUAUGUACGAUAGGAUUAAAUAAUAAAAGCCAUUGAUUUCUUAAAUUC